CGUACAUGCAAAAAAAAAAUAUGAACACAUGUUUAUUUUCGUCGAAAGGUGAUCACAAAUUCGAAUCUAGCAUUUUCAACGAUGGGACGUAAAAUUUAUAUCGGUAGACCAAGCGAACAUUUGGGUCGUACAGCAUUUCAAAUAUUGGCUAAUUUGAAAAAUUUUGGCAUUGGUCGUAUGCUAACACGUCAUGAAUUUGAUAAAUUUCCCGAACCAUCAUUUCAUAUUGUCAAACGUGUACAAACGUAUAUGGAUCCUGAAUUGAAAUUCGGUACUCUUUGGUGUGAAACCGUUAUUCGUGGUAAACGUUUGCCAGGUAUCCGCCCGCUUACCAUCACAUAUCGGCCAGAUUUUCGUUUGAUACCGAAAGAUGAAGAGAAAGAAUUUAUCGGUGAUUAUCCCAUAACAAAUUUGGGUGAUAAUAAAAAUAUAUUGCCACGUUAUUAUCAGCUACCACCAUUGAUGCGUGAAUGGAUGAAUCGAAUCGAAUUGAACCAUCAUGAAAAUCAAAGCCUAAAAGAAUUUCUCAUACCAUUUGUAUAUCAGGAUAAAAAAGAUUUACGACGACCAGAUGCCGAUCUAUUCUGGAUUGCUAACCGUUUGGCCGAAGAUGGUGAAAAACCAACAAUCGAUUUUGAUGGUCAAUAUCAUUUUAAUCAAGAAUAUUUAGAAAAUUGUAAAAAAUGA